GCGUGACUCGUUUCCUCAGCAUAUACACACUCCCUCCCUCUUGCUUUCCUCUCUCACUUCACUUUACUCUUUCCUCUCAUCUCUCUCUCUCUCUCUCUCUCUCUCUCUAACUUCACACUUUCGCUUCCUCCCCUCUCCUUCUUUUCAGACGAAACACUUCCUUGUCUCUGUCUCCGCUUCAAUAGAUGGCCGAAGAUUCUUCGAUUUCUACUCCUCCACCGCCACAAGUCCAGGCUUCACCACCUCCACCUGUGGCUGAAGAGAAGGAAGUAGAAGCCUCUCCGCCAGCUCCACCUCCGGUUGUGGAAGAGUCUGAAUCACUGCCUAUAAUAGAGAAAGAAGAGCUACCACCGCCACCUACACCGCCGCAGGAGUCUAAAUCACUAGCGGCGAUGAUGGAGAAAGAAGAGUCGUUCUCCUCUCCUCCCCCGUCUCUGGCUGUGGAGGAGAAAGUUGAGGAACUGGGCGAGUCUGUAGUUGCGAAAGAAGAGGUUGUGGUGGUUGAGGCUGUGAAAGAGAAGCAAAUCGAGGAGCAAAAGAUUCCUCAGACUUUGGUUUCGUUCAAGGAAGAGAGUAACAAAGUGGCUGAUCUCUCUGAUGUUGAGCGGAAAGCUUUGGAAGAACUGAAGCAGUUGGUUCAGGAAGCUCUCAAUAGCCACCAAUUUAGCUCUCCACCACCACCACCAACAACAAAAGAAGAAGAGAAACAGAGUGUUACUCCACCAGGACAAAAUAGUCAAGAAAUUCCAGCUGUGUCCUCUGGACCGACCUCAGAUGCUCCUGCAAAAGCUGAAGCACCCUUGUCAGAAUCCGAUGUCAGUACAGAGAAACCACCACCCCAAGAAUCAAAAGUUGAAGAACAACCUCCUUCCAAGGAAUCCCAAGAAGGAGUUAAAAAAGAAGAGCCAAAGAUUGCAUCUUCACCAGAGGAAGUCUCCAUAUGGGGGAUUCCUCUGCUUAAGGAUGAUAGAAGUGAUGUGAUACUCUUGAAGUUCUUGAGGGCCAGGGAAUUCAAAGUGAAAGAUGCAUUUAUCAUGAUCAAGAACACAAUCCGAUGGGGGAAGGAUUUUAAAAUCGAUGAACUUCUUGAUGAAGAUCUCGGUGAUGAUUUGGAUAAAGUGGUUUUUAUGCAUGGUCAUGACAGGGAGGGUCAUCCCGUAUGCUACAAUGUCUAUGGGGAAUUCCAGAAUAAAGAAUUGUAUCAGAAGACAUUUGCUGACGAGGCGAAGAGAACGAGGUUUCUACGGUGUCGGAUUCAGUUUUUGGAAAGGAGUAUCAGGAAACUCGAUUUUAGUCCUGGUGGUAUUUCUACCAUCUUUCAGGUUAAUGAUCUCAAGAAUUCUCCUGGACCUGGAAAACGUGAGCUUAGGUUGGCUACCAGCCAGGCUCUCCAAUUGCUUCAAGACAAUUACCCUGAGUUUGUAGCUAAACAGGUAUUCAUCAAUGUUCCAUGGUGGUAUCUUGCUUUUUAUACAAUGAUCAGUCCAUUCAUGACUCAGAGGACCAAAAGCAAAUUUGUAUUUGCAGGCCCAUCAAAAUCUGCUGAUACACUUUUCAAAUAUAUAUCACCUGAGCAAGUGCCUAUUCAGUAUGGUGGCUUGAGCGUGGAUUACUGUGAUUGCAACCCAGAAUUUACCGUUGCUGAUCCUGCAACUGAGAUAACUGUGAAACCAGCAACAAAGAAAACUGUGGAAAUUAUAAUUUAUGAGAAAUGUAUAAUUGUCUGGGAAAUCCGGGUUGUUGGGUGGGAGGUGAGCUAUGGUGCUGAGUUUGUGCCUGAUGCCAAAGACGCAUAUACAGUUAUCAUACAGAAACCGACGAAAUUGGCCUCAACUGAUGAACCAGUGGUGACUAGCAGCUUCAAAGUUGGUGAACUGGGUAAAAUAAUGCUCACAGUGGACAAUUCAACCUCAAAAAAGAAGAAACUUAUCUACAGGUUCAAGAUCAAACCCUUCUCAGAUUGAGGAUUUCAUUGCAUCCAAUGCCUUGGGUUUCGUUUCAGAUAGUUUGCUGUGGAAAUUGAAUUAAUUUUUCUCUAGUUCUUGGGUGAUAUUUUUCUUUUUCUGUUUUUGGGUUCGGUUCUUGAUGGUGGGUAGCAGUUGCACGCUGGGGCUGGUGGUGAAUAGCAAAUGGGUUUGGCCAUGUUUUCUUUUUGUCAAGCACAUAUGAGGGUAAAUGGUCAGAAACAUGGUUGUAGAACUUUUUGAGGUGUUUUGCAGUGUACAUUUACUUGCCUGUGGAUGUCUAUAUUUUGGACCAUUUUAGUAAUGUACACUAAAGGAUUAUGUUUUUGAUUGACA